GAGGGGGAGGGAGAGGCGGGGACGUGGCGCAUAUGGGCCACACUUCUCCCGAGCCGAACUUCCAUUACAAAACCCCCCAGCUCGCAGAGACUAAGCGGGAGCUGACCUUCUCCUCCUCCUCCUCAAGCUCACAGAGUGUCCUCCGUAACCCACCACCGUCAAUCCGUCCCUCCUCGUCGCCAUCGUCAUGGCCGUGGUGAGACAAAGAGGAGGUCCCGGGGCUGGCGGUGCAGGAGGAAGAGUCGGGACCACCACCACCACCGCCACCACCGCCACCGCUGCGGGCGACGUGGCCAAGCCGACCGGCGGCCGGGUGACCUGGCUGCUGCUGCUGCUCGGGGUCGUGCUCGGGGUCGUGCUCGGGGCGCAUCUCUACAUCGCCUGGGCACGCGUGGGGGAGGCGCGCGAGACGGCGCAGAGAGCGGCGGACGCGAGCGUCGAGUUGGCGCGGAGGGUGAGGGAGGUGGUGAACCAGCUGGAGCCGCUGCGCGUGUCCGCGGAGGGGACGCGGCGCGACCUGGACGAGGCGGCGGCGCGGCUCGACGCGGCCGACGGCGCCGCGAGCGACUCCCUCGCGUCGCUCGAGCGCCGCCUGGCGGUCGACAUCGCGGCCUUCGCGCGGGAGCUCGGGCAGGAGCAGCUCCGGCGGGAGGAGCUCCGGCGGGAGGUCGCGGCCGCGGCCUCCUGGCGGGAGCGCGUCGACGCGGAGACGAGCGACGUGCUCCGGAGGCUGCUCGCCGUGGAGGAGCUCGGCGAAAAAGUCGCUGCGCGGGACGACGGGCUGCGGCCUCGCCUGGAGGAGCUGUCGGGCGGCCUGGAGUCGCUGCGGCGCACCCAGCAGGCCGGCGUCGAGCGCCUCGAGCGGCUCGAGUCGGCGACGGGCGAGGGCGCGGCGGAGCGGCGGGCGCUGGCGGAGCGCCUUUCCUCGCAGGUGGCCGCGGCGGCCGAGGAGCGGCGGGAGAGGGACGCGGAGGCGUCGCGGGAGCUCGGCGCCCUCCGCGCCGCGCUGGACGCCGCCGCGCAGCGCUGGGAGGAGGCCCGCGGGCGCGCCGAGGCCGCCCUGGACGGCGCGCGGCGCGACGUCGACGGCCUCCGGCGGACCGCGGAGGACCACGAGGGGCGGCUCGGCGAGGUGGCCGAGGCCGUGACGGCGCUCGAGGAGAGGGCGGCGGAGAGCGGGGAGGGGGAGGCCGCGAGCGAGCGGCUGGGCCGCCUCGAGGGGCGCCUCGCCGGCCUGGAGGAGGCGCGGGGCCGGGAGGACGGCGGCGGCGGCGCCGAGGUGGCGGCCGAGGUUGAGGAGCUGCGGGCGGCCGUGGGCGACGCGGUGGAGCGCGUGCGCGCGGCGGAGGAGCGUUGGCGCGCGGCGGCGGAGAGCGCCGGCGCCGCCGACCGCCUGCGGGAGCUGGUCGGCGACGCGGUCGCGCGGUCCGAGGAGAGGCUCGUCGGCGAGCUCGAGGCGAGAAUUGCCGAGGCGGCGGCCGCCACCUCCGCCGCACGGGGAGAAGGACGCUCGCCCGGCGACGCCGGCGACGCCGGCGACGGCGGUAACGGCGACGACGGCGACGACGACGACGAGGGAGAGGUGGAGCCGGCGGGCGUCUCGCUGGGCUCGUUGCGUGAGGAGCUCCGCAGGGUGACGGAGCAGCUGGCCGCGGUGCAGAGCGCGGUGCUGGAGGGCGCCGGCGCCGGCGGCGCGCAGUGACCAACCCACAAACCUCAUAGUCCCAGCUAUGAGGCGCAGGAACAGCUGCCACCGCUUGGGAGGGCUGGGGGGGGGGGCCCCGAGGCUCGACCACAGUAGCGCGAUGCGCUCCGAGUUGCCGGGGCAAUCAACGGAGUGGGGGGGGGCGACGCCGGAGUCACGUUCAUCUCCUCCCCUUCACCCCCCUCCCAACCCCACUUCCACUGCCCCCCCCCCCGCCCCAACCCAGCGGCGUCGAUCGGCUCGAUGUUUCCGCGCCACGCUCAGUUCGCGAAGCAGCUUCGCCGGCAGCGGCUGCACCGCGGCGCAAGUGGGAGGCUUCGUGACAAGUCACCCAGCGUGCCGCGCGCCUUCAAACCCCCGUCACACACAGGUGGCGAGCCCCACAAACCCUCGCGCGGUCUUCCACUUUCGUCUUGUGAGCUCGCCACGACGCCAUUUUCACCUUAAGUUAAUAAAACGCAAAAAAGCUAA